GAACUACAGAGAAACAAUUACAACGAUUCUUAUAUAGAACAUCCUGAAUAAUAGCAGGAGUCUCAUCUAUCCAAACAUCAUUAAAGUAAAACAAAGAGAAGCUGACCACUAUAUAAGAAGAAUGUCCUCUACAGUAGUACAGCCUACCCUAGCCGUUCAGAAAACAUGGCGGAGGACCGCGGUAGUGGUGGUGUGGUUAAGCGAAUUCGGAGUGACUACUUCGAUGAAGAUAUAGUUUCGGAGAUACUGGCAAGGCUUCCGGUCAGAUCUUUACUUCGAUUCCGCUGUGUGUGCAAAUCAUGGCGUGCUCUGAUUGCGGAUUCGCACUUUGUGAAGAAACACUUACACUCGAGCUACGCAGAGAGAGGAUUCGGCGACAACAACUCCAGGCUUCUGUUUCUAAUGAAUCCUCCGCUAUCAAUAGACUACGAAGCAUUGAAGGAUCUGAAGGAGGGUGGUGAUGGUUGGUUUGCAAGAAGAGAGCUCCACUUUCCGGUGAAGCUUGCUGCUUACCAAAGAAAUAGGAUUUUGGGUUCUUGCAAUGGGUUGAUUUGUGUUGAAUGCCAAGCGGUGGGGAUUGUCGUAUGGAACCCUUGCACCGGAGAAUACAAGGUGCUACCAAAUCCUCCUACAGAUUGCCAUCCUUCAGAUUUUUAUGGGUUUGGCUAUGACUCCACAACUGAUGAUUACAAGAUCAUAAGGGGGCGUAGGUCUUCGGAGGAGACCCUGAUUCACGUGUUUACGCUGAAAACCGGCUCAUGGAGAACCAUUCGGGAUCAGGAUUAUGCCGAAUUUAGGGGUAAAGGGUGCUUAUUCAAUGGAGCUCUACAUUGGCUUGUGUCUACUUACCCAGGAUCAAGAAUUAUGUCCUUUGGUGUGGCGGAGGAGAAGUUUGAGGAGACAGUUCCGUUACUAGAUGAUUAUCAUGUUUUUCAUGGCGUAUUAGUAUAUAAAGAUCAUCUGUGUGUAUAUCAGAUCUUAGAUGGCAUCCCUGCUGUUUUAUCAGUAUGGUUGAUGGAGGAAUAUGGGGCCAAGGAUUCCUGGACUCAAGUUAUAAAGUUUUCUUUCAAGAAAUUACGUGGAGAGGAGUUGAAGCCCCUGUGCAUUUUGCAGAAUGGUGAAAUUCUGAUGCAUAGGGUUAUGUCUGAUGAUCCUUUUGCAUUUAAUGAUCCUGAUGUGUUUGAUGAGGAUCUUGAUGAGUUGUAUAAUGAACAACUUAUGCAGGAUGAUCCUGAUGUGUUUGAUGAUGAGCCUGGUGUGUUUGAUGAGGAUCUUGAUGAUUUGUAUUAUGAACAACUUAUGCAGGAUGAUCCUGAUGUGUUUGAUGAUGAUCCUGGUGUGUUUGAUGAGGAUCCUGAUGAGUUGUAUUAUGAACAACUUAUGCAGGAUGAUCCUGAUGUGUUUGAUGAUGAUCCUGGUGUGUCUAAUGAGGAUCUUGAGGAGUUGUAUUAUGAACAACUUAUGCAGGAUUAUAAUCAACACUGUAUGUGGAAUGCAGAAAGCCUAUUGGUAUUAACUAAUCAAAAGACAUCAAAGGCUGUUUUUGAAGUUGACUUGGGUUUUGGAGCUGCCACUUUCAGGCAGACUUUAGUUUCACCGGUAACUGGCAUAUGACAUCAACAUUAUAAAUCUUGUCGGCCAUGUGGAAAUCCGAAAUGGUACUUAAAUCGAUGGCAUUUUGCAGUCGCUCUUAGCAUGUCUAUGUCAUGUGCUCAUGGUUCCAAAAUGCUUUGUUGUUACGAAGAUGCUAUCUUAUAUGUAUAUUACUUGUAUGUAUAUUAUAUGUUCUAACGACAUUAUUUUUGGUUGUGUAAA